UAGACCACUCAGCUGGAGUACAGACUUUGAAGCUGACUGGACUCUAUUUGGAGCUGUCAAGUCAUCUAGACUGGACUUCUUUACUCUUGGAUUAGUUUGGUUUUAGUGAAUCAGCCUCUUUUUGUACAUUUUUUUUUUUUUAUAUCUACGGCUGAACUGGACCUUUAUUCCCUUGUGAAUGCUGGGGUUGGUGGGUGACCCUCAGAAACGAGGAGGUGAAGUGGUAACCAUGUGGAUCCCAACCCCCAGCAUGACUCUCCCUCAGCGGGUGGUGCUGUACGGGACGUGUGUGGUGGCUCUGAUGAACUCUGUGGGCCUCCUGGUGCUCCUAGUCCAGCUGAACCAGCAGCGUGUGUGGCUGGAGCAGACAGGGGAGAGGCUGACGGAGGUGCAGCAGAGCUCGGUGGUGGAGUUCAUCCAGGAGGUCCCCAGAGGAGCAGCAGGGUUGAGGGCAAGCGUCGGGGACCAGCCUCAGUACCAGUACCAGUUCUCCAGGAAUAAGAGGAGUGAGGAGCUGGAGAAGGAGAAGGAGCUACAGCAGGAGCUUCUCCAGGAGGAGGUCCUGGAGCAGGAGGUCAGCCAGGAGGUGGGAGAGGAAUCAGAGAAGAAGAUGAAGAAUGAAGUGAAACAUAAGCACCAUCACAGUCAGAGCUACCACAAGGCCCACGUGCAGGAUGACAUGAUGAUGAUGAUGACCUACUCCAUGGUGCCGAUCAAAUUGUUGAUCGACAUUUGCAACAGCACCAAGGGAGUCUGCAUAGCCGGACCUCCAGGACCGCCUGGUUUGCCUGGUGCAGACGGUAAUCCCGGAUACAAUGGGACUGAUGGCAUCCCAGGACUGAAUGGAGUGCCCGGGGCUGAUGGCAAAAGAGGGAAGAAAGGACCACCAGGUGAAAGAGGAGAGCCAGGAGAGUCUGGUCCCCCUGGAGAGAAGGGACAACCAUCCAAUGACGUUAUCAUUGAGGGCAAGUAGAGUCCUCCUGGUCCUCCAGGUCCUCCAGGUCUCAUGGGCCCUCCAGGACCUCCGGGCCCUCAGGGGCCGCCCAGAAUCAGGCACCAGAGAGCCAACCUUCAGGCUGCUCAGACUCUGGGACUUUUACACGCAGUUCCUAACGACGACACCUCACCUGUUAAAGAGGCUUUGAAAAUGCACGAGAAGCCUUCUAAAAAGAAUGACUGCCUGAUCAAGUCUCUGAUCAACCCCAGGAAUGUGGCAAAGAUGGAGAGCACGUUUGGGACAUGGAUGAAGGACACGGCUCGACUGAACGAUGAGAGAAUAUGGGUGGCAGAACACUUCUCUGGUCGUGUGGUGAAGGAGUAUCAGAGCAUUGGCUCUUUCCAGAACGGCAGCAGCAAUGUUGUAGAUUUGAGGAAGUUUUACCAAGGCUGCGGCCACACUGUUCACAACGGCUCCUUCUAUUAUCACAUCGCUGGCACCUCCAGCAUUGGCAGGUUCGACUUUCACACUAAGAAGCUCCACACCUUGACUAUAGAAAACGCUCUGCACCACAGCCUGGCCUACCUGCUCCACAACUCCAAAACGUACUUCAAACUGGCAGCAGAUGAGAACGGCUUGUGGCUGAUUUUCGCCUCCAGCCUGGACGAGAGCAUCAUGGUGGCCCAGCUGGACCAAAAGACCUUCUCUGUCAUUUACAUGAACACCACCUACCCCCGCACCAAAGCGGGCAACGCCUUCAUUGCCUGCGGUGUCCUGUACGUCACUGAUACCAAAGACACCAGAAUCACUUUCGCGUUUGACCUGCUGAAGGGGAAGCCGGUGAAUAUGACCUUUGACCUGAGGCCUCCGGUCGGAGUGCUGGCCAUGCUCUCCUACAGCCCGAAGGACAGACACCUGUACGUGUGGGACAACGGCCACGUCAGGCUGUAUGUGGUCCACUUUAUCUCUGAUGAAUAAAAUACUACAAUAACAGGAGAUACAGUCAAAUAUGCAGACAUGACAGAGUCGAGUGUCUCUUAGGAAAAUGGUUCAUUAGGGUUUCAGGAGAAAGUCUCAUCUAUACCAUCCUUCAGAUUGUUCAGUUUCAGUGUAUUCUCUUGUUGAAAUCACUAUAUAGUCUUUUUCUCUCUCCAAUAAUUCUCAUAUCUAGUCAAAAAUAAGUUUGCUGUAUGUAUAUUCUAUUUGCUAUGUUCAUGGAAGAUUUCAGAGUUUCUAACCGUGUUUAAACUUCUUAUAAUUUUAUAUCAAAUUGAUUUGAAUUUCUACUGAGUUCAAAGUUUUUACAUUAUCAAGUGUAUUUGCAUGACAUUUUGUUUAUGUAUUUUUUUAUAUCGAUGAACAUGUUGCUCUCCUAAUUAUUUUGUACAUAUAGAGUGUCCACCUGACUUUUUAAUGCAGCAGCACGGUCCCUUUGUUGCUCCGUCUUCCUGACAGAAAAGAAAAAAAAAAACAACAGUGCCAAAUCCAGCU